GUGGAUGUGCACAUUUAAAAAUGAGAGAAUGUUUUUGUCGUGAUGCAUUUGAUGAAAAAUUCAAUAACAAUUAAUGUCACGAUUAUUAUAAAUUAAAACAGUUUAUGUGUUUGCUAAAUGGAUUUUUGAUUUUUCGAUAUCAAGUGCGCUAUUAAAAGUUUUCUUUGUGGUGGAUCAAAUUUUUUUUAUUUUAUCAGUCUUAUACUUCUUGAUUUUACAAUAAGUUAAGUGAAUUAUUAUAAUUAUCAAGUCUGUAACCUGUCAUUAGGCUUGGCGUAUCAUAGAAUAAUAUUAUGCACUUUUAGUACUACGCCAUCGACAGGUCAUAACGAAUCCAUACAUGAUUAACAUCGUUGAUUUACUUUAUUGUAUAUUGGUUCAAAAGAAGCAGGAUACAAUUCAAAGCUUGUGACUUGGAUGAUUACAAACACUUAUCAGUGGAUGAGUAUAUAAAAUAUUUUAUUUCCAAAGAACUCAUAAAUAGUGUGAUAUUAGCGAUACAAGUGCGUGAUGAGAAAACUAAAACGAUGUUCAAAUGGUCACAAUAGAGUUGCCGCCCCCUGUCUUAUGAUUAAUAUUUUUACGUCAUGAUUGCCGACACCUUUAACUCAGUUGAAAUUUUCGCUGUGUCUUAUAUCGAUCUAAAAAUUGAAAUGAUUGCAAUCCGUGUGACCAAUAAUAAUAAUUUUAAUUAUGUAUCUUAUGUCGAUUAUUUGUUUCUUGCCUAAUGUCUUUUUGAGAUUCGCUACAAUAUGGUUAAAAGAACUGAAGCUAUUGACUCCAAGAAAACUGAUGAUGUUAAACAUGAAAAUGUAGUAAAAUAUGGAGAAUUAAUUAUAUUAGGUUAUAAUGGGCAACUUACAGCCGGUGAUCGACGAAGGCGUAGAAGCAAAUUUGUCCUUUGGAAACGUGAAGUUGCUAAUGGUAUUAAACGUUCAAAUCAUUAUGUUGUACCAAGUCCACAAAAUUCACAUGCUGUGCUUGAUAAAACAAAACAUUCUAUUUCAUAUACUUUAUCUAGAACUGAAGCGGUGAUAGUAGAAUAUGUAAAUGAUGAAAAUACAGACAUGUUCCAGAUAGGACGUUCUUCAGACACUCCGAUUGAUUUUGUAGUAAUGGAUACUAAUGCUGAAAAGAAUGCAGCGUUGAGUGCGUCUGUGGGUGAUAGCAAAAAAGUGACUGCUGCAAGUACUAUAUCAAGAUUUGCUUGUCGUAUAAUUUGCGAUAGAAACAAUUCAAAUGUGGCUCGAAUAUAUGCUGCUGGAUUUGAUUCAUCAAGAAAUAUUUUUUUGGGAGAAAAAGCUACAAAAUGGAAAGAUGGUGAAGAAAUAGAUGCUUUAACAACUAAUGGUGUUUUAAUAAUGCAUCCAAAUGGAAAAUUUUAUGAAGGAAAAACUGAACCCGGUGUGUGGUUAGAAGUCUCUGUUUGUGGUAAACUUUUUUCCUUACGAGGCUCUAGAUCCGCUCAAUUGAAAGGAGAUAUGGUUAAGGAUUCUGACAAUAUUCUUAUGGAUGGAACAUUAAUUGACUUAUGUGGUGCUACUUUGUUAUGGAGAUCAGCAGAAGGAUUAAGCAUAUCUCCGAGUAGGGAAUAUUUAAAAAAAUUAAUUGAAAAAACAAAUAGAGAAAGACCUACAUGUCCUGUUGGAUUAUACACCUUAGUUUUCCCUCAUCAUCUUGAAGAUUCUGCUUUAAAUUCUUCAGAAUUAUCAGAUGGUAAACAUCAGCCAUAUGCUUAUUUAUCAUGUGGUCAUGUUCAAGGUCGCCAUGAUUGGGGUCUCAAUAAGGAUUCUAAUAGCAGAACAUGUCCUAUGUGUUUAAAAGUCGGAGGAGUUGCUAAACUAAGUAUGGGAGUUGAAGCUUCAUUUUAUGUUGAAGAUAAGGACCCACCUGAUUUGUAUGCUUUUAGUCCUUGUGGGCAUGUUGCUACAGAAAAAACCGUUAAAUUUUGGGCUAAUGUAGGUAUUCCAUAUGGAACUAAUGGCUUUGAAGCGUUUUGCCCAUUCUGCGCCACUUUACUUCAAGGAUAUCCGGGUUAUGUGAAACUUAUUUUUAAUUAGUUAUCAUAAACAAAAUAAUGGAUUCCUUUUAAGAAUUGAUGUUUCUGACAUCAAAUAGUGUGAUAAUAUUAGUUUAUGUCAAUCUGCGUGUUUUUUUUUUUGUUAUUGCAAUAUUUUACUCGUAACAAUUUUUAUUUAUUUUUUUCUAAUUAAUUUUGAUGUGCUGCUAUUAAAAGUUAUCCUAAAUUUUAUAUCUAGAGGGUAUAUUAUUAUAGCAUAGUUCUUCAGUUUAUCAAUGAAAAUGUACUUUUAUUAGUAUGAUUAUUGUAUAUGUUUGUACCUUUUUUGUGUUUUAUUCAACCAAAUGUGAUUUGUUUAUAUUUAUUUUAUUUAGCAGUAAAUAUUAGUGACAAUCUUUUAAAAUUAAUAAUUACUUACUACUACUUACUAUUGUAUUAAACAUGAGAAUUUUCAACUAUUUUCAGCUUGUUGAUCAUUUUUUAAUCUAGAAUUAUAAAUCAUUCAUUGUUGCAAGCUUUUUCAUUUUUAAGAAAGUAUUCUGUAAUUUAAUUGUAUGUUAUAAUCUAAUUUUUCUAUUUUGAAGUUAAAAGUCUUUUUUCUUUUGUUAAAUUAUUACAAGAUUUGUAUAUUUUGCGGGAUAUGGUGCAAAUUAAAAUAGUUCAUACACAAAAUUAAUAGUUACAUGUUGACAUUUAUAUAAAAUGACUUUUUAUAAAAAAAAUUUACUUUUAGUUAUGAAACAAUUUAUUUUUAUUCAUACAUGUAAUUUGCAAAAUUAUAAUUAUUUCACUGGGUUAUUGUAAAUUUACACCAUUUAGUGAGGUUUAUUUUUAAUUCCUGUCAUGAAAUGAAUUAGUAUUAUAGAGGGGUACAUUUAAACAUUUAGCUCUGUUAAUAAAUUAAUACAAUGUAUUAAUUGAAGCACCAUAAAUUUUUAAGGCAUAAAGAAGAAUUAAAAUAUUAAAUACUAAAUUAUUUAAUGAUGCUAAUUCAAGUGACUGUAAUAAUUAGGAACUGAUUUAACCUUUCUAGAAAUGUAAUAAAGAUAUAUAACUUAUUUUUUUAAAAUGUACAAAAUUUUGCUGGUUAAUAAGAUUGUUAAAUGAAAAAAAUAUAUAUCAUUAAAUCUAGUUCAAUUUUUAUGACUAUUUUAUUAUCAAUGUUGACUAUUGUAAGCUUACAUGAUAAAAGAAAAAAAAAUUCUAUUUCGGAAUAUAUAAUACUUAUUUAAGAAAUAACAUUUUAUAAUUUACUUUAUUUUAUUUUAGUAUUAUUAAAUGUGUUUAUUAAGGUAUUGCGAUAUUCUUGCCAAAAAUCUCAUGCAAUAAUGUCUAUUCUAAGUUAAUUAUUGUAACUGGCUGUUAUAUUCGUCUAAAUAAUUAUUAAGUCUUUAUAUUAAAUGUUAAAAUUAAAAACUAUUAUGUAAUUAGUCCAUAGAUGAGAUAGUGUUGAUUGUUUACUACAUAUUUAUUUGUAAUUUGUAAUAUUUUUUAGAAAAAUAAGUGAAUCGACUAUAUAACUGGUACCUGUCUCGUUCAAACCGUGUUGUGUUUAUAUCAAUAAAAUAUUUAUUUUCAACUAGA